UAAUAGUUUCAUAAUUGGAGUGCCUCCGGCAAGGGAAUUUUUAAUCGAAUUUUGCAAUUCCCCUCUGUAAUUCGGUGCCUUGUUAAUUCGAUCGAGACGCCCGUGAACCCGAACGUUAAUCGAACAACGAAAAGAAAAUCGAACGAAUGAAUAAACUCGGAUGCGCACGAGGAGAAUCGCGACGCGUGUUGAGGUAUUUCUCGGGGCGAGUCGAAACGGGCGACGUCGGUCGCUGUGUAUUUAGGCUGGUCCAUGCUAAAUUUAAAUCAGUUCGUAGCGAGGCCACCGAACGCGAUACUCCACCAUCCCAUUGAUUUCCCGUAGCUGUCCGAGGUGUCUCGCUGUUCGAGAAUCUUCUGGGGCUGAAAUCGAGACGCGGUGAAUAUUCUUGGUUCGUUCAUAUUCGAAUUGAACACACGGUCAGAAAUGGAAGGAUGAAAGGAGCCGCGUGUUCCGCGGUGUAUGAAUGACUGCAAGUAAUUAGAUCACAAAAUGGCUGUUAGCGUGGAUUCAAAAUGUGCUGCUGUCAUCAUCAUCGCUUUGUUGACAGUAGUUCCAAGAACUCACGGUGUACCGCGUACAAUUAAAAUUGGUGCAAUCUUUCAUGCAGGCGAUGAGGAGCACAUAGCUGCGUUUCAAUCGGCGAUAUACAAGACGAAAUUCGAGCACGUCGCACCCGCAUUCGAGCUGGAGUCCAUCAUAAAGCAGGUAGAGGUUAAUACCGACAGCUUCAGGACCGCCGCUGCUGCCUGUGAGCUUUUGGAGGAGGGUGUGGCAGCAAUCUUCGGUCCUUCGAGUUCGUACACUUACGGAAUUGUCGCAAGCAUCGCGGCACGGUUCGACGUGCCGCACAUGGACUAUUUCUGGCGACAGAACGAGGAGCUGCAGGAAGGCCAAGAACCGAAGAACCCGACACCGAUGACGAUCAACGUGUUCCCUGACAGCAACAUGGUUAGCAAGGCGAUCGCUGACGUGGUCGAGUCGAUGAAAUGGAACUCUUUCGCGGCUGUGUACGAAGACAACGACGGUUUAUCGCGGAUUCAAAAGGCUCUGUCACUCAAGCGAACGAAAGACAGCGCUAUCACGAUAAAAAAGCUCUACGAAGGGAUGGAUAAUCGACCAGUUUUGAAGGAGAUUCGCGCAAUGUCCAUCUGCAACGUGAUUAUCGACGUCAAGCCGAGUAACAUCAUCGAGGUGCUCUAUCAGGCGAUGGAGGUCAAGCUGAUGGCGGACUACUGUAAUUUCUUAAUUACUUAUCUGGACUCGACGAAAUUACCCAUCUGGGAAGUGCGGAAUAAAACAAUGACCAACAUUACAGGACUCAGCUUGCAGGAAAAUGACGCAGAAGGAAUUAAUUGGGUGGAAUCCGCUGUUCUAUACGAUGCCGUCUUCAUGUUCUACAACACGCUGGAAACCUUAAACGCAAGGAACAUGUCUGUAGAUAUUGACCCGCUACCGCUCUCUUGUGAAGAGGAAAAGAAAUACAGCGCAGGUCUCGACAUUAUCAACCUGAUGCGCGAGCUAUCCGAAGAAGGAAAGGUCGAAGGGAAGCUCACAGGGCCAAUAACGAUCGACGAAAAUGGUCAACGUCAAUCCUUCCAAAUACAAAUUAUAGACGUGAGACCGGGUGAAAAUGUACAAACAGGAUAUUGGCGCCCAGAUGGUCUUCACUCGAUCAAAAGCGAAAAGGAACGUGAACGUUACUUGUACAAAUCCAUUGAACUGAAGAAGUUCAAGAUUACUACUAAAAUAGGACCACCGUAUAUCAUGGAAGUGCCGGAAGGUUCAAAUCGAGGUAUACUGAUCGACCAAAGACGGUACGAGGGUUUCUGCAUUGAUCUCAUCGACGAGAUUGCCAAGCUGUUGAAAUUUAAAUAUGAGUUCGAAUUAGUACCGGACGGAAGUUACGGCAAGUACGAUAAAGAAACGAAGCAAUGGAACGGUCUAAUCAGACGUCUGCUGGAUCAUGACGCGGAUUUAGCUAUUUGCGACCUGACAAUCACGUACGAGCGAGAAAAUGCGGUCGAUUUCACGAUGCCCUUCAUGAAUCUAGGUAUCAGCAUUUUGUACAGAACACCGGAGGAAAAAGAACCGGACCUGUUCUCGUUCCUGUCACCGCUGUCACUCGACGUCUGGAUUUACAUGGCGACUGCUUUCUUAGCUGUUUCGAUAAUGCUAUUUGUGCAAGCUAGAAUAGCGCCAGGCGAAUGGGACAAUCCGCAUCCCUGCAAUCCAGACCCGGAAGAAUUGGAAAAUAGUUUCGACCUGAAAAACUCUAUGUGGCUCACUGUCGGCUCUAUGCUGCAACAAGGCUCUGAUAUACUCCCCAAAACACCUUCGAUUCGAAUGGUGGCUGGUAUGUGGUGGUUCUUCAUUAUGAUUAUGGUUUCUUCUUAUACUGCCAAUUUGGCCGCCUUCUUGACGUACGACAAGAAAGAAAAUCCAAUCCAAAGUGUCGAAGAUCUUGCUAAACAGACGAAAGUCAGAUAUGGAGCCGUGGAUGGUGGAUCCACAUCCACUUUCUUCAGGGACUCCAAUUAUACGACAUAUCAACGCAUGUGGGCGACAAUGCAGGAAGCAAGACCAAGUGUGUUCACGAAAACGAACGACGAAGGCGUUGAACGAGUGUUGAAGAAACGCGACUAUGCUUUUCUUAUGGAGUCUACUACGAUCGAGUACAGAAUGGAAAGAAACUGUGAACUCGACAAGAUUGGAGGUCUUAUCGAUAACAAAGGAUAUGGUAUCGCCCUGCCACGGAAUUCUGAGUAUAGAACGCCCAUAAACGGCGCGAUAUUGACGCUGCAAGAGAAAGGGGUGCUCCAAGACCUGAAGAAGAAAUGGUGGGUGGAUCGGGGCGGUGGGAUGUGCACGAAAACCGAACAAGAACCGUCAUCGUCAGGUGAAUUAGGAAUAGCCAACGUCGGUGGUGUUUUCUUAGUCCUUCUGAUCGGAACUUGCGGCUCGUUCAUCAUCGCUGUCUUUGAAUUCCUGUGGAAUGUACGAAAGGUCGCCGUGAGGGAGAAGGUUACACCAUGGGAGGCACUGGUAGCAGAAUUGAAAUUCGCCGUGAACAUUUGGGCGGAGACGAAACCCGUUAAAAUCUCGAAAAGCAGCGGCACGAGUUCGAUGGAAGGCGGCAUCGGUCGGGCGGCCUCCACGGCUCGUUCAAUCGUCGGCUCGUUCCUUCGUCUCGACAUCCUCGACAAAUUCGAUAAAGAUAACAAUACCAAUAAUCACAACAACGAUCGCAAGAUCAACUAAAAUUCCAGCAAACUGUCGAUCAUCCUACCAUUAUACAUUAAGCUGGUUAUGUUACAAAUUGAGGGUAAACAAUUUAAGUGCUAAUUUUUGCAACAUGAUAUUUAGUUCUUCAUGAAGAUUAUGCACACUGUAACAGAUUUUAAUCUUAAGAUUUUUAUCAUUUGUGAAAUCUUUUCUAAUCUCUAAUUCUUCCUACUUAUUACUACUAUUAUUACUAUAAUUCAUAGUAUUAAUUACUAAUUUCUGUGGUUAUUCAUUAAUAAAUAAACUGUAUAAUUAAGUUCGAUAACAAUUGCUUCAUUUACAACAAAAUGAUAUAAUAUAGUCACUGAUAAUCUACAAUAAUAGAGACAAUAGAAAGAAAACAAAGUCGUCGGUAAUAUUUAAAGAAGUAUAGAACAAAGAAGGA